AGAGUUCCAGAGCACAUGUCUCUUAUCAAGCAGGAGCACAUGCAUCCCCCACCACGUGCCAUCACCCCACUGCCUCCGGCGACACACCAGAUCACAUUGGAGGAGUAUAAGGAGAGGGAGAAGAAGGACUAUUAUCGAGAUGCCACCAAGGACGCGAGUGUCAAGAAGGUUGUGCUCUCGCUGCUCAAGGAUCAUCCAGGGAUGUGGCAGAACGGCAAUCGGUUUCAGCCUGAAAAGUGGCGAGCACUGGGAGUUGAUGUGUACCAGAGGACUGGGCAGAUUGUUCGUGUGAAUGACAUGCGCAAGAUGCUCGUGAUGGGAAAAUCCGUACUCAAAAAGAAGAUCGCCAUCUGCAUCCGGGACAAGAAGUUGGACCGCGCCGCUACAGAGAAAGAUCUCUGGUAUUGGGAGUACUACCGUCACUUUCUCUACUACCGUGAGACGCUCGGUCAGUUUGAGGCGAACCUUCGCGGCGAAGAAUGGACCGGAGAAGAUCAGAUUCAGGAUGAAGAUGAUAUUAUCUACGACGGGAUGUUGGACGGUGAUCUGAGUAAUAGCUCUCACAAUUUCGCUGGACAUGGUGCGGACGACGAUUAUCAAGUGGAGGAGGUGCAGUAUUCUGAGGCAGGAUUUCGUAGACCUGAGAGUGUCCGAGGAGGGGAUAGUUAUUUCGGGCACGGGCCACCGCCGCAGAUGGUUAUGGGAUCCUCGGCGAGCAACUUCUCGAGUGCUACGCAAUCGCACUCGCGAAACCGCAAGAGCAGCUCCAUCGAUCACACUGAAGUCGACCGCAGCGCCCAGCACAUUGCCGAGCAAGCGAAACGGCUCUUCCUACAGUACCCUGAGAAGUCCAAUCUGAUUAGAGAGACGAUGUUCAAGACGAUCCUGGCGUUUGACGAUCCGUCUGCCGAUUAUCAGAAUGUCGGGGAGAUAUUCGACGACUUGGCGGCACAGGAGGCGGCGAAGAAGCGGAAAAGAGCGGAGAAUCGGGCUCAGCGGGAACAGCAGUGAAGCUUGUCGAAUUUCUAAAAAAAUCAUGUUUUUCUUCGUUUUUUCACCGAAUAAUUUAUUGAAAUUAAUUUAUUUUUUGCAUU